GCGUUGCCAUGGCUCCGGGGCGCGCCUAGCGGACCCGCUCCCGGAGCCGGAGCCGGCGGACCGGGCCCGGGGGCCGGGGCGGGGCGGGGCGGGCCGGGCGCUGCCGGGCGGGCGCGGAGCGAGCGCGGAGGCCAGCCGGGCCGAGGCCGCAGCGGCGCCGGCGCGCUCGCAGGAUGCAGGCCAUGGAGCCGGCCGCGGCGGAUUUCUACGAAGUGGACGGCAAGGAUCUGGACUUCUACGACUUCGAGCCGCUCCCCACGCUGCCGGAGGACGAGGAGAACGUGUCCCUGGCCGACAUCCUGUCCCUGCGGGACAGCGGCCUCAGCGAGCAGGAGGCCUGGGCCGUGUGCCUGGAGUGCAGCCUGUCCAUGAGGAGCGUCGCGCACUCGGCCAUCUUCCAGACGCUCUGCAUCACGCCCGACACCCUGGCCUUCAACACCAGCGGCAACGUGUGCUUCAUGGAGCAGCUCAGCGAUGACCCCGAGGGGGCCUUUGUGCCCCCAGAGUUCGAUGUGACUGGGAACACCUUUGAGGCGCACAUCUACUCCCUGGGGGCCACGCUGAAGGCUGCCCUCGAGUACGUGGCAGAGCCGGAGCCGGAGCCCAGGCUGAGCCGAGACCUGGAGGCGCUGCUGGACCGGAUGCAGGCAGAGGACCCUGGAGACCGGCCCAAUCUCGAGAGCAUCAUCGCGCUGUGCGAGGAGAAGAUGCAGCUCACGUCCUCCUGCCGCCUGUGCCGCAACCUCUCGGCUGUCGGGAGGAGGGUGCUCUCCCUCGAGUCCUUCGGAACCUUCCAAGAUGUCAGCGAGAGCGCCUGGAGGGGGAGACUUGCUCCGAGAAGUGUGGGGCCCAAGAGGCAGCCCGGGGACCAUGGCGCUGACCCGGAGGCCCCUUGGGGCCGACCCCAGACCCCCGCCUGCGACCCCAGGAUCCUCUCCUCCAAGCUCCUGCUGUCACCCCCCGCGAAAAACGGAGAGAGCCACCUCGGGGAGGGCCUGGCCAGCCUGGUCCUGGACGCCCCAAGCCCCGCAGAGCGGGGCCGCCUGAGGAAGGUGCAGACGGUCCCCAGGCUCCUGCCCGAGGGCCCCGAGGCCGGCGCCCUCUGCCUGCCGCCGGCCAGCGUGACCAACCAGCUGCCCACAUCGCAGUUCUCCGCUCCAGACCCCAGGGAGGCCUUUCCCGAGCGGAAGAGCAGCCCUCCCAGCCUCAAAGGCCCGCCCAAGGCCAGAGCGCGGCCGGAGCAGGAGCCUGGGCUCCAGGCGGACGGGGCUCGGGGCGUGGGUCCCAGUGGGGGCGGGGUGGCUGGGGGGCCCGGCCAGGGCCCUGUGGAGGAAUGCCACCCGCCCUGUCCUGAGGACCCUCCAGAGGCAGGUGGAGACUCGGGGAUGCUGGGGGCCGACCAGCAGGUUCCAGAAGGAGCCGGAGAGGCGGGAAGCGCAGCCUCGGACCAGGGCGUCUCCCUGCAGGACCUCCUGUCCAAGCUGGGCCGGCCCUUCAGGGAGUACGAGCUGUGGGCUCUGUCCCACGCCUGCCUCAGCGCCAUAGGCACCCACGCCCGGCUCCCAGCCUACCUGUGUCCGGACUCCGUGCUGGUGGCCGAGGACGGGGCCGUGCUUUUCGGGCCGCCCCCCGCCAACGGCACAUCCAACUCGUUCUUCCUGGCCCCCGAGGUGGCGGAGCAGCAGCUGGUGACUGAAAAGGCCUCGGUGUACUGUGUAGCCGCAGUGCUGUGGAUGGCGGCCAAGUUCAGCGUCCCCCAAGACCACAAGCUGGCCCUGCCACGCAGGCUCAAGACCCUCCUCCUGGAGAUGGCCAGGCGCAGCGCCCAGGAGCGGCCGUCUGUGGCCGAGGCCGUCAAGGUGUGCGGCAGUUACCUCCUCCAGCGAGGCAUGGACAGCAGGAAGAUCUUAGCCCACCUGCGGGCAUCCACCUGUCAGGUUUACCAGGAGGAAGAGAUCAUCAGCCUCCAAAAUGUGUUCUCGGUGGCUGACCUGACCCCCAGCGCAGCGCCAGCUCCCGGGUCCAGCUCAGACUUCGUGCAGGUCAGCGGUGACACCGGACUCAUGGCUGUGCAGGGGCCUGUGCCCGACCCGCCCUCCUGCAGCGAGGGGCCCCUGGAGCUGCCCGAAGCGCCCGCCGCCCCCGCCGCGCCCCCCAUGCCCAUCGGCCUCGCACCAGACGCAGGUGCGGCCAGGGAGGUCCUCGCCAGGGCCUCGGGGCCGGCAGAGAGGCCAGAGGAGAGGGAAGGCGGGCUGGACGCGGACGUCGAUGAGAAGAAGGCUCCCGAGGCCCACGCGCUGGCCGCCAGCCUGGAGACACCUGACCAGAGGGCGCCUGGUCCCCGGUCGAGCGGCACAGCCCCGGGACCCCCAAGAGAGUUGACGCCGAGAGGGUCAGCCCAGGGGUGCCCCUGCCCCCCAGCUCCCAGCUCCUCGGUGAUGCCCCAGGAGCGAGGGCUGGAGGAGCGGGUCCCGCCUGGAGCCUCCUCCAGAGGCCUGGGGCCCCGCACCCCGGAGGCCCCCGCAGCUCGCCAGGGCCCGCCUCACCCGGCCAAGCCGCCCCGGAGCAAGGCCACCAAGGGCCCCGGCCAGGAGCCCCAGGGCCCACCCCCAGCCUCCUGCAGCCCCGCCCUGGCCAAGGCGAGUCCAGACGGCCCCCGGGGCGCGGCGGACAGUCACCCCGAGCAGCCCCGGCCGGCAGACCGCAAGCUGGGUCCGCCCGGUGUGGACGCCGCGCCCGUCCCCAAGAGCAAGGCCUGCCCGUCCCUGCAGGAGGCCACGCGCCUCAUCCAGGAGGAGUUCGCCUUCGACGGCUACCUGGACAACGGGCUGGAGGCGCUGAUCAUGGGGGAGUACAUUUACGCCCUGAAAGAUCUCACCUACGCCACAUUCUGCGGGGCCAUAUCCGAGAAGUUCUGCGACCUGUACUGGGGCGAGAAGCUGCUGCAGAGCCUCUUCAAGGUGGUGAACGAGAGGACAUCGCCCCCCAGGAACACCUCGGAGGCGGCUGGGCCACAGCCCGAGGGCGGCCAUGCCAGCGUGCGAAGCGGCUGCUCACCGUCCAGCAAACGGCCCUUGCUGCACGGAGCAGGGAAGGACACGCCGGCCGCUCACAGCAGCAGAGCCCCCUGCCUACCCCCCUCGCUGUCCGACACGGACUCCGAUGAGCUGUCCCGGGGCAACUUGGAGGUGGGAUUUCGGCCUCAGAGGUCUGUGAAAGCCGAGAAGGAGCAGGCGAGGGGCCCCGCGCCGGCCAGAGGGACCCCGGACGUGGAGGCCGCGGCCCAGCUGGCCAGGCCCAAGGAGGGUGGUCCCGCUGUGGCUCCGGGCCCGGCCGAGUUCCAGGGCUGCAGCCCCGGCUGGAGCAGCGCCUUCUACGAGGCCGACUGCUUUGGCACCGACGUCCACAACUACGUGAAGGAGCUGGAGGGGCAGAAGGCCGGCGGGGCCCCCGACACCUCAAGCCCCACGACUCUCUUGGAACCCGAGUGCAGGCAGGAGCUGGAGCAGCAGCUCAUGAUGGAGAAGAGAACCUACCGGAAGACCCUUAAGUUCUACCAGAAGCUCCUACAGAAGGAGAAGCGGAGUAAAGGCUCCGAGGUGAAGACGAUGCUGUCCAAGCUGAAGGGGCAGCUGGAAGAGAUGAAGUCCAAGGUGCAGUUCCUCGGGCUGGUCAAGAAGUACCUGCAGGUGGCGUACGCGGAGCGCUGGGGCCUGGAGCCCUGUGCCCUGCCCGUGAUCGUGAGCCUCUCCUCGGCCCCCAGCGACACGCUGGGCUUCAGCCCGCUGGACGAGUCCUCGUCCCUCAUCUUCUACAACGUCAGCAAGCACCCACGCGGCGGCCGGCAGCGCAAGGCCCGCGUCCUGCAGGCCGGCACGCCGCUGGGGCUCAUGGCCUACCUCUACUCCAGCGACGCCUUCCUGGAGGGCUACGUGCAGCAGUUCCUGUACACCUUCCGCUACUUCUGCACGCCCCAGGACUUCCUGCACUUCCUCCUCGACCGCCUCAGCAGCACCCUGUCCAGGGCCCAUGAGGACCCCACCUCGACCUUCACCAAGAUCUACAAGCGCAGCCUCUGCCUGCUGCAGGCCUGGGUGGAAGACUGCCACGCCGUGGACUUCACCAGGAACGCCGGGCUGCGGGGGCGGCUGGGGGACUUCCUCUCCUCCAAGGUCCUGCCCCUGGACAGCUCCGUGGAGCACCUGCUGCGCCUCCUGGAGGUGGGCACAGAGCGGCGGGCCGAGGGCGCCCCGCACAGCACAGACCCGGAGGCCCCCAAGGAGACGGAGGAGGCCACCAGGUCCCUCAACGCCCUCUGCAAGAGGCUCUCGGAAGACAGCAUCUCCCGCAAGAGCUUCCCCUGGAGGCUGCCCCGGGGCAACGGGCUGGCACUGCCACACCACAAGGAGCGCCAGUACACCAUCGCGUCCGCCCUGCCCAAGCCCUGCUUCUUCGAGGACUUCUGCAGCCCCUACGCCAAGGCCGGCGAGAAGGGGCCCUACUUCCUGACCGAGUACAGCACCCACCAGCUCUUCACCCAGCUGACGCUGCUGCAGCAGGACUUGUUUCAAAGGUGCCAUCCCGUCCACUUCUUAAACUCACGGGCCCUGGGCGUCAUGGACAAAAGUGCCGCCAUCCCGAAGGCCAGCUCCUCGGAGUCUCUGUCUGCGAAAACCUGCAGCCUGUUUCUGCCCAAUUACGUCCAGGACAAGUACCUGCUACAGCUUUUGAGAAGCGCAGAUGACGUCAGCAACUGGGUGGCCGCCGAGAUCGUGACCAGCCACACCUCCAAGUUGCAGGUCAACCUGCUGUCCAAGUUCCUGCUGAUUGCAAAAUCGUGCUACGAGCAGAGGAACUUCGCGACCGCCAUGCAGAUCCUGGGCGGCCUGGAGCACCUCGCCGUGAGGCAGUGCCCGGCCUGGAGAAUCCUGCCGGCGAAGAUAGCAGAGGUCAUGGAGGAGCUGAAAGCUGUGGAGGUGUUCCUGAAGAGCGACAGCCUGUGUCUGAUGGAAGGGCGACGCUUCCGGGCACAGCCCACCCUGCCCUCAGCCCGCCUCCUGGCCAUGCACAUCCAGCAGCUGGAGACAGGGGGCUUCACUAUGACCAACGGGGCCCACCGGUGGAGCAAGCUCAGGAACAUAGCCAAGGUGGCCAGCCAGGUGCACGCGUUCCAGGAGAACCCCUACACCUUCGCCCCCGACCCCAAGCUGCAGGCCUGCCUCAAGCAGCGCAUCGCGCGCUUCAGCGGGGCCGACGUGUCCAUCCUGGCCGCGGACAGCAGGGCCGGCUACCACCAGGUGGCCAGCGAGAAGCACUCCCGGAAGAUCCAGGACAAGCUGCGGAAGAUGAAGGCCACGUUCCAGUGACGGGUGGUGUGGGGGGACGUCAGAUCCACACUGAAGACAGAGCUGGGGAGGAGGAGCCCGCCCGUUCGCUGCUCCGGGCCACAUGGCCCCGCGGGCGCCGCACCCGCCACCUUAGCCUAGGGACCCCGGCACAGGCCCAGCCCGGGCCUCUGGGCACCAGAAAGGGAGAGCAAGGGGCUCAGACCACGGUUCGGAGGGGACAGGCACCAGGGCAAGUCAGGAGGUUUCUGCUAGAAAAUUUAAAAAUGCAAUCUUAGCAUUUUAAAUGAAAAUAGUCUAAGUAAGCGCCCAGGAUCAGAGGGAAAUGGCCCUCCCCACUUCUCCAGGGAUCCAACCCACCCCCAAGCCCCACCCCACCUCCCAGCCUCAGACUGUAACUGGGCUCCCCAAUGAGCAGGGUUUUCAUGGGCCUGGCCUCCACGUGCCCAGCAACAAAGGACCAAGACUGACCUCUGACCCCCACACCCACCACAAAUUCCAAGGGGUUCUGAACCCUUCCAUGGGGUUCUUGAGGCUUCCCAGUAGCCCCAGCCCCAAACUGGUUGACACUCCCUUCCCCCUCCCAGACUUGCCCUGCCUCACCCCGUCCCAACCAAGUGGGGGUCCCAGGGCCCUGCAGCCCUUCCUGCCACCCAUUCCAACUGUUGCUGGCAAGCGCCUCGCAGCUCCACACUGGCAGCCCCCCAAGUAUCCUCUGGCCCCACGUGCCCACCACCCCACUCAGAACAGCUUCUGGCGGGACAGGUGCGCCCGGGCCACGGUUCUGCUUCCGAGCAAAGCACACAGGACACAGCAUCUCCCUGAGAGGUCCCAAGCCCGUCUGGGGGCCCCUGGGCUGUGGCUGUGCCCACCUGCCUCCAGCAGCCAUGCAUGCCACGCACACUCCCACGCCUGGGCUCCCGCAGCUUGCCGUCACCAGUGCUUCGUCAGAACCAACCAGGAAAUGGACGUUUGCUGCCUAAAUGGCGCCAAGCUCCUCUCCAGGGCUGUUCCCCCGUGGCUGGUGCUGAGCACAGCUCGGUGGGUGGGGGACACCCUCAGAGGAGGCCUGCUGUCACACCCACCACCAGGCCUGUUCCCGGCCGUGGGAGGCCACACUCCCUGGCACCAUCCCGGGCACCCCGUUCUUCCACUCAAACCAUUGCAAGACCCUCGACCGCUCUUCUGAGUUUUAGAAUUAGUCAUUCUUUCGAGAGACCAGCUGUAUUUCUAGGAAAACUUACUAGUGAUCAAAAGCUGCUCUUCCAAUAUCGAGAUGUGCUUUCCCACCUACAUUCCCGUCAGGUCCUGCUAACAUGGAGCACAGGGACUCGCGCUCCUGGCCAUGCCAAUGUGGCUUUUUUUUUUUUUAGGCUUUUCUAUGAGGACUGUGUCCUGCCAAUCAACCCUUAUGUUUUCAGACUUUGAAUGUAACAAGAUAAUGUCACAAAGCCUGAAGCAAAACUAGUGUCCAGCACAAAUAAACAUUCCAAUCCUAACGACUUAUUCAGGGGAACUGACGGGGCUUUGGCUCAGCACGAUGUCUGCAUGGCGCCCUCCUGUCCUGUAGCACAGGUUUCUAAAGAAAACCGUUUCUACCAGCA